ACGAAACGUCAAUAAUUUCACUUCAGUCGACUAUUUACAUUCGACUUUUGAAGAUUAUUGUGAAUUCAAUACUAAUUGUACAAUAAAAUGGAUUCAGAAAUCGAAGGGUUGCAGGAUUUAAGUAUUAAUGGUGCUGGGAAGGAUGUCGGCCAGUCUGACAUGUCUCCCAUGGAUAUGGUAACAGUGAGUGGUGAUGAGCCGGGUAAGGAUAGGGGCGAAGCUCAGAUUGUACUGCCCAACCGGGAGUGGAAAGAGAUAACACCGGAGUUUUUCAAAUGCGUUAAAGAGCUAAACCUGGGAGAGCUGGUACACGACAAUAUGUUCGGUCUGUUUGACGCGAUGUCUGCAAUAGAGAUGAUGGAUCCGAAAAUGGAUGCGGGAAUGUGCUGCAAUAAGGAAACGACUCCGCUCAACUUUCAGACUGCUGUUGAGAGUGGGACACUGAAACUAGCUAAUUUGGAAUGCCGGGAAAGCAUAGGAAUCAUUGACGCGGUCUAUGCAUGUACAGUUUCUUGGUUGGAGGGACACUCCAUGGCGCAGACUGUCCUGACAUGUCUAUAUUUGCACCAUCCGCAUAGAAUCGAGGACAAAUCAAUGAAGGCUUUCUCCUGUGCAGUACAUAAACUGGUCAAUUUAAUACGAAACUUUAUUUUGAGGGCCAGAGUAUACGAAGAGGAAGAUUUUCAGCCAAGUACUUAUGGAUACGAUUUGUGUAUGGAACUAUCCGAAACCAAGGCAUGCAAUAUGCUCAAGAGUGCUGAAGAAGACUUAGUGAAGAGAAUCAAAGAUGUAGAAAGCGAUAAGGAGAAAGAGGAGAUCAAUGCGCUGGUUUGCCGUUUGAAGUUCACCCGAUUGCUGCUGCAGUGCCUAGUAGCAUUAUAUCCAACUAAGACAAAUACUUCCUGGCAUGCUUCUAAUGCAACUGCAAAUGCGGUAACUAAUGUUUCUCCGACCAAAACGGAAAUGAUUGACAUCGUGAAAACGCUCAAUGGAGCCCUUGAGUUGACUCAGAUCAUGGAGAAAACGAUCGAUUGUGGAACACAACCGGAACCUGGCUCUGACACACCGAAUCCGAUUGGAUUUUCAAUGAUGGUUAAUCAACGGCUACUACCUCCUACUUUCCCCCGGUAUACCAAAAUCAAGGCUAGAUCAACAUGUAUCCUUUAUUUAGCAGAACUGAUUCAGCGACUGAAACACGCGUGCAAAAUUGUGCACUGUACCAAUUACCACAGCGCGUUGAAUUUUUUCAUGGACUUCAGCAAAAAGUUUGGACCAUGUCUGCUUUCCAGAAGCAUCCUCCAGACGCUUUAUCUUCCUUCGCACGAUAAGGUAUUUGGCACUAAAAAAUUAACCGAAGUGUUGAAAGAGUCCGCAAAGGCUUUCAUCGCUCCGCCAAUUCUGAUGCCGGACAACCCACUUUCUACGAAUGCUGCCGCACUCAACUGCGUGGAUUCAUUUUUCGCAUACAACGAGCACACGUUCAGUGUUCUGUUCGAAAUUUGUGGUUACAACAGGGCCCGUCAGCGUGAUAAGCUGGGAAUCAUGCUGUCCAAUUUCUUGAAUCUACAGGAUGAAGCGGAACGGAUUGAUGCCUACUUACACACACUUUUCAUGAAAAAUGAGAACCCUCGCCAUCAUUUGGCCUGUUUCGGAACAUGGGUCUUGUACCACUGCUUACGUGCAAUGUCGUUCUUCUUGCUGUCCGGUCUCGAACUGGAGCUCUACUCGGUUCACGAGUACAUGUACAUAUUCUGGUACCUGUAUCAGUUCCUCUUUGGUUGGAUCGUAUCCGCAUUGACCCGCGCGGACACAUUCAUCGUGGAACAAGAUUUCGUAAACGAUCCGAAGGGUGCUAAAGGAAGUCAGAAGAAGCCGAAGGUGAAGAAACGCAAAGGAAAAACGGAUGCGAAAGAAAUAAUAUUCAACCAAGCGAUGCAAAACAUGUGCGGGGGCUACUACAAAGCUCUUGGUGGGUUCAUCGCCGAGGAGCGUAUUCCGGAGCCACUGCCAAUGUUCGACAACGAGAAGGUUCGCUUCGAGCAUCGUUUUGCUCCGUUCGCCACUCUUGUUACACCCCCACCGAUGGCGUAUUCGGACUUCAAGUUGAUGAAAACGUAUCUCCUCAAGUCGCCUCCGGAAGAGCUCUACGCAUCGGCUGCCAAACACUUCCAUGAAGCUCGCGUUCUGCUGGAAUCAUAUCCGAACCCAGAUGAAGAAUGGCACGAAAUUAUCAAAGUAGCCAAGAUGAAUUUCGUGAUGAUGAAUCUGCUUGCCAGUGGAUUAAAUUGGCAAGCGAAGGCUGCGCCGGAGUUCGACUUUUCUUGCCAUCGAUACUUCCCCAUCAUUAAGCAAAGAAAAUAGGUCUAGAUAAACGUUAUACUGUAACUGUUUGUGUGUGUAUGUGUUCAUCAUAGUCAUUGUGGAUCCGUUCGGGUGUAUAUUUAGAAAAUUAUAUCAAAUCAUGAAAUGAA